UCAUUUAAAAUUUCAACAUAAUGAGUUUUAAUACAAACAUGACGUGUCCAGACAUAUGCCCCACUUCAGGAACUGACCGGCUUCCGGAAUCGAAGUCGGAAAAUAGUAACCAAGAUGGAGUUCCUACAUCGGUGUGUUCCCCUUACAGACCGGGCUGCAUACAGCCUCCGGAACCAAAGGUAUAUCCUCCUAAUGCGCCUCCUAGGUACCUCCCACAACCGACCGAUACCACGAGUGGGGACUUUCUCGGUAUGGGUUCCAUAGACCCAUGGGCGGCGGGACAUUUAGACUGGACCCCUCAGUCAGGCAUCACGGGAGUCAGACCUGUCGUCGACAAAUACUCCAUGACCAGAUACAGCACCAGAGAUUGGAGACUAAAUAAUGAAUCCGUCCUCACACCAAGAUCGAUCGACAAAGCAAAAUUAUUCGAAACCAACACCAAAAAACAACUAGCUGAAACCUUUGAAGAAAUGGAUAAAAAGUUGAAUAAUUCGAAUAACGAAUUGGACAAAAGAAUUAAGGAGUGCGAAGAUUGGAAAGCAAAGGUCGAAAAGACUCUAGAAGCUAUUACCGAUGAGAUUAAUAUUUUAGAUGAGAACAGAGCGCGGUUGAAAGGAGCUUGUAGAAUUUUAAUGUUGCCUGAAGCGAUAUCAAGAGAAUGUCUUGAGCUUCGCACUCAGAGAUACGAACCAGAUCUAGUGAGAGACGACGCUGAACAGGAACUUAUGAGAGAGGUGGCUAUAGUUGGAGAAAUUCGAAGAGUAUUCAUGAAUACUUUAGCUAAAGUGGAGGAACAAAUGGCCAUGAACAAAGCCGCUAAAGCCACCAUCGAAACCGACUGGAACGAUAAAGUUGUUUGCUUGAAAUUAGAUAAAGAGAAUUUUAACUGGACAGUAGAUUCUAAUUUAAUAUUAUAUCACCCAGCAGUUGUGAGGUGGCCUGAGAAUGCAUGUACUUUGGAAUACUGGAAGCAUUAUUGCGCUGAGAGUAUUAGGAACUGUGAAGAGGUGAGAAAGAAAUCUGAAGAUUUACGCGGAGAUUUGAUGACUGCUAUUAUCAAAGGCAGCCAGGACAUGAAGCUCCAAGCAGACAGAACCAACGCCGCCUUUGGAGAGACUAUAGCAGCUACGGAAGGGAUGUGCGAACAUCUGGAGGAAAACUUGAAGAACAACCUGCAAACUAUAGCAGAUUUGGAGAGUUUGAUUGCGAAUUUGGUUGCGACUUUAAGUAAUAUGAAUGAUAGAAACAAAUUGGUGACGUCACGACUGCAGGCGAGGAAUUACGACAGAUGUAACGUUGAAAAUUGUAGGGAUAAUGCACAGUACGCGCUGAUGGCGGAGGCUAAGUAUGUUAAAGAGGCAUCGCAGAAGUUUAGUAACAAAUUGAGAGAGGCAGAGUCUGUGCGAGCAGACCUGAUGAUAUACCGUGGAAUCUUGGAAAAGGAAAUUGCUUGCAAAAGGAAGAGCCUUUACAUAGACAAGGAUAGAUGCAGUAGGAUCCGCGCUCACAUGCCAACACCUGAAGAAUUUGCCGCGGGAUGAAAUUGUAA